AUGAGGGAAUCAUAUUUUUGGAGACAUGGAAGUACUGUCUAUGAUCGUUGUGGACAGAAAUGUACUUGCCUGUGGGGCAGGUACAGAAAUUGCUUCCGAAUUAGAAAAGAAUUCACAGCGAUGGCAUUUGGCGAACGAGUGCGAUACACAAGUAUUGUAAAGACUGCCUCGACUGAUCGCAGAUACAAAGCCCAAUAUGACCGUCUGAUUAAAGAACACGAGAGACUGUUUCGAUCGAGCAUCCACGAAAAGAUUUUCUUUCUUCCAUGGCAUCGUUGGUUCAUACUAGAGUAUGAAAAUCUUCUUCGAAAAAUCGAUUGCAGAUUCACUGUGGCCUAUUGGGACUGGAGUGUAGAUUCCAGUGAUCCGUGGAGCACGCACAAAUGGGAGGAUGUUUGGCACAGUGUCACUGGGUUUGGCGGGAAUGGCGUAGGUACGGAACGUUGCGUGAAGACUGGACCUUUCAGACAUGGCGCGUGGGUACCCGUGUCAUCCACGGGAGCGAAGUGCUUAACACGUAAUUUCAAUGGUUCACCUCCAGAUGAUGUCGCUGUGCAGGAGGUUGUACUCAUGAACGACUUUACUAAUUUUGAACUCGCGCUCAGGACUGAACUCCAUGACAACGUGCACUGUCGGAUCAGCGGCACCAUGUGCACCGUGCAAUCUGCAUCUGCUCCGGAGUUCUUCCUUCACCACGGCUUUGUCGACAAAAUCUGGGACGACUGGCAGAAAAGAAGCAUUAGCAAUAGGUUUGCUUACUUUCCUUACAUUGACAGACGGAUGUCAGGUACACCAUAUUUCCCAAAAGCGCUUAUUAAUCUUAGACAACAACCGGGAGGCGUUCGAGUCGAGUAUCCACCGUCACAGAAAGAAAACAGGAUGAUGAAUCGUUUGAAAGGUCUAAGUUUUACCCAGCUGCGUGCCCUUCCACGCAAGCCGUUCACGCCGCUUGGUCCAAGGGCUGUCCGCCUGUUCCAUGUCAGUCAGUCUGAGGUUAUCAAGGCGAAACAAUUGGAGAAAUUGCUUCAGCCUCGCAAGUCACUGUAAUUAUAACGCAGAGCUUGAAAUCUCAUCAUAAUCUGUUAUUAUAGACUAUUCAUGUAUUACAAUAAACGAGAAGAAUGAAGUUGCUGGAUAAAUCUUGUUCGAGUAUUAAUGUGAAUCUCUCUUCUAUCUUCUCUCAUUGAUAAUUCCACGGGCCUUUCAUUUGAGAAUUUUCAGAGACACUAAUAUUCAGUCUUUUAAAAAAUAUUUCUCUUGAUGUCUCGAGAGAAAUAUCCAAGUAAAUGGUAAAUUAUCUUAGGAUGUUAAUUCAGCGAAUUUCGAAGGUAGAAAGAUAAAAAAUUAAAGUGCUUCAGCGACUGUU